AUGCUUGUAAUAUGUAUAAUAACAUGCGCAAGCGCAGUAGAGAGUAAGGGAUUCCCACCUAGCUUCAAGUUUGGUGCAGCGACAUCCGCCUAUCAAAUAGAAGGGGCCUGGAAUAUUAGCGAUAAAUCGGUGAGUAUUUGGGAUCACUUUAUUCACUCGAGGCCACAGAAUGUCAUUGAUUUAUCAACUGGAGACGUAGCAUGCGACAGUUACCAUCAGUGGAAGGAGGAUGUGGAAAUUGCAUCAUACUUGGGCCUGCAUUUCUAUAGGUUUUCUCUAAGUUGGCCAAGAUUGAUGCCAAAAGCUUUUUCAAACUAUGUAAGCGAAGAUGGAAAGAAUUAUUAUAAUAAUUUAAUUAAUGCUUUACUCGAGAAAGGAAUCGAACCUGUUGUAACUAUAUACCAUUGGGACCUACCACAGACUUUGCAGGAUCUGGGAGGAUGGACCAACCCUCUAAUAUCAGAUUGGUUUGCUGAAUACGCUCGUGUUGUCUUCUCGUUGUUUGCUGACCGCGUCAAAAUCUGGAUAACUUUGAACGAACCUAGUGCUUUCUGUGAUGUUACCUACAAUACAGGGGUGCAUGCACCAGGUAUUAUUAGUUCAGGGAUCGGUAACUUCAUGUGCAAUAAGUACGCCUUGCUUGCUCACGCGAAGGCAUGGAGAAUAUACGACAAGGAGUUCAGACCCAAACAUAAUGGAAAAGUAUCUCUCACAAACCAUAUUAUAUGGAUAGAAGGAAGGAAUGAAACUGAUGAAGAAACAGCAGAACUUGCAAGGCAACUUAUGGCCGGGAUGUACUCACACCCUAUUUUCUCUAAAGAAGGUGGUUGGCCACCAAUAGUUGAGAAGAUAAUGGCGGAAAAGUCUAAAAAGGAAGGACGAGCUCAAUCUCGAAUACCACCAUUCACUAAGGAAGAAAUUGAUUUAAUUAAAGGAACAUAUGACUUCUACGGUUUCAACUACUACACAUCUCGUACAGCUUACAAGGCAGAAAAGGGGGAUCCUAUCGGAUUAUGGCCUUUUUUUGGAAAUGCUGACUUUGAAAUUGACAUGUCCGUUCGUCCAGAAUGGAAGAAAGCUGGUACCAAUUGGUUUUUUGUAUACGCUCCAGGUAUCCGCAAGCAAUUAAAUUGGUUGAAAAAAAAUUAUGGAGAUGUAGAAAUUUUAAUCAAUGAAAACGGUGUCGCUUCGUACGGUUCUGGUUUAAAAGAUGACGAUCGCGUCAAAUAUUUUAAGGAUCAUUUAGAACAGGUUCUUCUUGCGAUCAAUGAAGACGGUGUGAAUGUUACACGGUAUACCGCUUGGAGUUUGCUGGAUAACUUUGAAUGGAACGAUGGAUAUAGAUCAAAAUUCGGCCUCUACCAAGUUGACUUCGAAGAUCCGAAACGCCCUCGCCGCCCGCGUGCCUCUGCACACUACUACAAACGAGUGAUCCAACAGCACAAUUUCGAUACUAUUAUUGGAAAGAUGCUUCCA